AUGGUUGCUGGAGCUUAUACGAAGGGCAACGGAUCACGGUCUAAGCCUGUCUACUUAAAAUAUGCCGAACGACCUCGUACACGAGAUUACCGAGAAAAGGGAAAGGGUUGGCAGCGUAGCAAAUCCAGCAUGUAUGACAAUAGCUCCGAUCUCUACUUUUGUGAAAAACGAAUGUCGCAUGAUCGCUACCGACGAGCCCAAUCGUCGAUGAGCGACAGGAGGACGGGUAAAAACAGCAGUUCUUACGAAAUUGAACCAAGACGAAGGCGCGCCUCCGUAGAAGCCAUCGUUCAGAGUGCGAAACCCGAGUCGACGGCUAUCGGCCAGUCCACCGCUCCUAUUGGCUUGCCGAUUCAAAAGCGUGUGCAAACUUACAAAGAAGGUGGUGUUGACAGAGAUUGUGUUGCACCGAACAAACCUAUCUAUGGCUGGACACAUACUUCUAACUACAAGAGUUCGGAGAAGGGCCAAAUCAUUGAACGGGAGGGUCCAAAAGCUCGUGCCUACACGCCUAGGUAUGAGACUUCCGGCGGGGACGUCCGCGCUUUCCCCUACGCCGAGUCCGAGCGGAACGUGAAGACUCAUGAGUGCAAACAGCGCUGCAUGGAAAUGCUGGUUUCCACAGAAUCCUUCAGGGGGCGCCCAGGAGCGGCUGAGAGUGAUGAGACUGCUGACUAUACAACUGAUGAGGCUGAACCCUACCCGGUUUACAGUACUUUCCGCCCGGAGGUGAAUUCCGAUAUGGACAAGUAUCUCAAUGAGAUGCGCAUUGAGCUGAAAAGCGCGGAAGUGCCAGAAAACCGUGUUAUGGAAGGUCGCGUCUUCUUCGAUCUGAAGGAGCCCGCCACUGUCGAGAGCAUUGGAAUCGACAUCAACAAAACUCUUGCCAUGACCAGUCCCGAUGGCAAAGUUGUUAUUCCUUCCCGUGAUAAUAGGAGCUUUGCACCCGAGUUGAAACUCCUUCCCAAUCGUCAGCUGCCACUGGUUUUGCCUGAUACAGGGUCGCAACCGACGGACCCUUCAGCCGCACGUCGCUUGCCAAACGAUUUCGCCCUGAUUGAGACCAUCGCCAAGAAGGCACCACUCCAAGCCGGCCGCAGCGCUAUUCCCUUUAAAAUCUACGUGCCUGAGAAUCAAGUACCCACAUUUACCUACACCUCUCUUAAAGGUCCCAGUGUAAUCAGCAACUAUUCCGCGGAGGCUGUAGUCCGAAUGGGUGGACGGACCGAGAGGACUGGCCGUGUGCCUGUAAAAGUUCCUGCUCUGGGUGAGAAAAAUGUGGGCUACAGGGACGAAAACAAGAACUAUGAAAUCUUGGUUAACAACAAGUACUUUACCAAGGAAGAAGGAUUUGAUUACGCCCUUGGCUAUACAGAAAGUGAUACGGGUUAUGAUAAGCCGAGCAAAGUCUAUGCUAAGGUGCUCCGAGUGGUCAAAUGUCCUGCGAUUAAUCUAAACGAGAGGACGUACGUGGCCGAUUUGGGCAGCGCCAGUGUGUCUAGUAGCAAAUCCAACCCGGUUGUUGAUAAAUAUCGACAAAAUCCAGCGAACCCAUCUGUAAAAAAUGAUUGGGACGCCAAUGGCUACGAUGAGAACAACGUCGUCACCUCCACCACUCCUACUGUUAGCACUAGCGCCUUCACUUGUGACUACUUCCUUGAGCUUACUGUGGAUGAUGAGGUCUACAAAGGGCCAGUUAUCUUGGUCGACCAGUACGCCGACAACGCUUCCAAACGCACUGACAUCAGUCCCCUUUCCAAAAGAAAUGAUUUCAAAAUCUCUGUGUAG